UGCAAAAAGGAAAAAUAUUAGAGAUAAGAAUCCAACUCAUUCUUUAGAGAAGCCAUGAUUUUCAAGAACAAUAGCAUUGAUCUCCUCUUCUUGGCUAGUAUCAUUCUUCUCAGUAUCGCAGCUGAAAAAUCCAGACUGCUGGUUGGAGAAGAAGAUUCAUCAAAAAGUUGGACAGGGAAGUUUACAGUCUUUAACUGCUUUGACGUGGGCACUGGGACGAUAGCAUGUGUGGUCAAGGAGGUUGUGAGGAUCUAUCUACACUAUAUCAGGGCGGUUCAUGUACGAAAAGUAAGAGCAGAGGCAGAAACGGAAGCACUGAAUGAGGGAUUCUCACAGGGACUGAGAUAUGAAGAUGCCAGCAAGCGGGCAUGUGAAAAGGGAGAUGCAGCAGCAAGGAGGGCAUAUCUCCAAGCCAAGCACAUCAUGGGGCAUUUGAUUUCCUCAGGAUGGGACGUUUUUGAAACUCUGUACGUUGGGGGCACCAUUACAGAAGGGUUAAUUAGGGGCAGUGGUACACUGUUGGGAUCACAUGCCGGUGGCUACAUUGGAGAGCAGAGGCUUGGGUGGAUUGGGUCUCUUGUUGGAAGCCAAAUGGGGAGUUGGGUUGGAGGAAGAAUAGGUCUAAUGGCUUAUGAUGUGGGGAAUGGAGUUCAAUACUUGCUUCAACUUGGUAAAGAACAUAGCUCUAAUGGAAGCUCUAGUUCGAGGGGUUCUUUGCUUUAGUGCAGAAAAAGGGAGAUCAAUACGUUACUUACUAAUGAAUUAAUUGUAGCGAAAGACCAAGCAGAUAUUGUUCUUUCUUUGGUGUAAUAUGAAAACUUCUACACAAGUUCGCAUGAA